AAUUUGUGUGACGAGUGGGCGUUCCCUCAAAAUGCGAGACCAAAGCCUCGUCGACGCCGAGGAGAGGCUCGAACUCGAGAGCUCGAGCCCUGGCCUCGGCCUCCGCGCCGCCAAAGACAUGCCUCCGAAGCAGUGGAAAGCAGUGCUUCGCUCGCAUUCCGUCGCUCUUCGCGACCCUUUGCGCGACGACUUGUGGCGCGAACUCGCGCUCCGACACUCGUGUGGCGCGCGGCCGCCGACUCCCGACGACGCGCUGUCCACCGCUCUCGAGACCCGAAAACUGCCGAAAUUCGUUGAGCCCCGCGUCGCGCGCUUCUUCCGCCUCAACCCCGCCGGACGACAGGACGUGACGCGCGUCCUCUGGAGUCUCAGUCAAAGCUGUCCGCACGUGACGUUCGCGCCUCUAGUCUACCCGUUGACGGCUCUAUUCCUGCACUUUCAUGACGUGAUCGAUGUCUACAAAUGCAUGUACUCUUUGAUCAACUCUCGUGACGUGCACUUCAUGGCCACGACUCGCGCCGAGAAGUCGCGCGACGCCAUAAUUCUCGUGAAACUGACCAAAAAGCUCGGAAUUCUGCGGCCGCGCAAAGUGGGCGCCGACGCGCGCGAGAAGCUCCGCAACAACGCGUUGGACACGGCUUUCGGCGAAUACCUUCAGUGGAUCUUUUCGCUGCCCUUCCAUCACGUGGUUCGCGUCGUCGACUGCUUCCUCGUGGAGGGCGAGAAGUUCCUCUUCCGGGUGGCGCUCACUCUCGCGCUCCUCUGCCAUAAGACGAAAGGCGACGGCCUCUCAUUGGACAAAAUGCGCGACUUUUGUGAAUCCAUUGCUGACGUCAUUUCGCCCAACAAACUCAUCGCAACCGCCCUUAAGGUGACGCGACUCUCGAGAAAAGACAUCGCGCGCGCCAAGUCGAAGGCGGAGUUGCGGUCGGAGAGCGUCUCCUUCUGCGAGAGUCCGCUUCACGCCAAGUAUGACGUCAUCGACACCAAAGACUACAUCGUGGGCGCGCGCAUCGCUCCCCUUCACUUCCGGUCUUCGAUUCUGAGCACGUGGUCGCUGUUGGACGCGUUGUGGGAGUGGCUUCCGGAACGCCUCGUCGUUCGCGAACCCGUUGUCGUGUUUUGUUCGGCGGAAAACGGGAACUCUUUGCAGACAUUCUUUACGCUUUGCGCGGACUUCGAACCGACGCUUCUUCUCAUCAAAACCAUUCAAAACGAGAUCUUCGGCGCCUUCUGCUCGACCUCGUGGUCCAAACGUCUCGAUUUGUCGCAAACAAAAAGCGGACAAUACUUCGGAACGGGAGAAACCUUUCUUUUCGUUUUGGCGCCAAAAGUCACGAAAUACGAGUGGAUUGGAAGACAGCGCGCGAUUGACUCGCAUUCGCAACAGCUCUUCAUGUCGGCCACCGCGCGCUCCCUUUGCGUGGGUUCGGGAGGCGGCGCUUUCGGACUCUUCAUCGACGAGUCGCUGACUCGCGGCCAAAGCGCCAAAUGCGACACUUUCGCCAACGACCCGCUCUCGCAAGAUUCGACGAAUUUCGAUAUUUCCGUUCUCGAAGUCAUUGCCUUUUCGUGAAAUCAUUUUCAACUCAUUUCACUCUUAAUUCAUAACAAAUAUAUUAAACGGUAUUUCAGAGAAAAUAAACGCUUUUUCCUUCAAAACGCUUUUUAUUGAGUUUUCGGCCGAAAAUCACUUCUCAUUCUCGCGAUCGGCGCCACAGAAGAAGCGCGAAGACCGCCGUCAGCGCCAAGAGAGCCACCGCCGACGCGAACGCCCAGAUGGACGCCGAGAAGAGCGCGACGACCGCCACUACGCUCUCGACGGCCGUCAGCGCGAAGACGAGGAGCGCGUGUUCGGCGCAAACGGCGACCAAAGCGACUAUCGCGAGCAGAAGCGCCGCCGCAGACAAGAGGACGCCAUUGAAGACUGUUAUGGAGGGAAAGAGCGUUAGAAAAGCGCUUUAAUGCUAUAAUACCCGCAAUAAUACUGCGCUCUCUGUGUUUGGGGUCUUCGAUGUAUCGAUAAUCGAAGUAAACGAUUUGCACGACGAGGACUGCGAUCGCGAGACAACACACGAGUUUGAGAACCGUUUGGACGACGACGAAGAGCGCGCGCGACUCGAGGAUUGCGAACAUUGUUGGCGGCGAUGGCCUUGAGAUUCAAAAAAGGAGUUCUCGAGAGAAAGAAAAGAUUUAUUAUUUGCGCAACAAUUGGGUGUUGAGAACGACGAGCGAGAGGUAGGCGGCGGUGGAGACUGCGAGCAGAGCGUGACACGCGUGGAGUUUGCUUUGUUGUGCGAACCACUGGAAGCCGACGACGACAGACGACAACUGCGCGACGAUCGCGACCACAAUCGCGAGUUUGUUGUCUCGCAGGAGAGCGAAGAGCGCGAAGAGGGAGACCACGAGUGACGUCAGCGAAGUCGCGAGAACGUCGACCACUGCGACAAAAUUACAGUCAAUUAUUGCAGUCGUUGUAAUGAUUGGACUCACGGAAGCGCUUCUGAUUGGUCGGAUGAGUGGCGCGAGAGUCGGCGUAAGAGAUUUGCGGCAAAACGACGACCGUUUGCGCGACCGAAAGCACGACCGCCAGAAAGAGCGCGCACUCGAGAAGAAGGCGGAAAAGAGUGAGAAAAUGGUCGCAAAUUUGAGACAUUUUUACGCCACAAAAGCCUUGAAAUCACGAAAUGCUCGAAAAGGCGUCGACGCGUCGCGCGAGGACUCAGUUUGGGGAAAGGGAUCCCGAGAGCGACCCUUUGCGCGUCUUCGCGUCACGUCUUCGGAGGCCAUCAUGACGAGGGGUCUGCGGGGUUGGGGUUUGCGAAGGGAGGGCAAGGGAAGGGAAGGGCGACUCCGGAAGUGUCGGUUAACUCGGGUUUAAGUGAUUGCGAGCGCGAGAGAGGGUUUUGUACGAAAGAAAGUUCAUUUCGAAAGUUCUGUAAAUGUUUGCGAAUAAAAAGUUUUUGUUUUCAAA